UCCAACAUGCACGCGUGUCGCGUGAAAAAUAGGCGUCGGUUCUAUUUCGAGCAUGCGCGCGUUUUCCGUGCGUCUCACGCAGGCAGUCUGCAAGAUCUAACCUGUUUACAUGGGAGCCGAAUUAAAAACAGACACGCCACGCAGCUGAGACGCUUGAGCCACACAUCCAGUGUGUCGCUGGCCUAACGUCUCACGUCAAAAGAAAAUCACCAGUCAUUGGAUGUCUCCAACAUACAUCAAUUUAAGUAAACAUUAACAUACAGUAAUAAUCAUGAAAUAUUUUGAUUGGGACUCGAGUGGACUCGGGCAUAAGUCCGAUUCCUAAUAUGUUCGAGUCCGAGUCAAUACCGAGUCAAAAUGCACACGAGUCCAUGACAAGACCGAGACCAUUAAAAUACGGUCUCGAGACCGAGUCCAAGACCGAGUCCGAGUCUCGAGUACUCAACACUGGUACUAGGGGUGCGCCAAAAUAUCGAUAUGGCAAUAUAUCGCGAUAUUUUCUCCCGCGAUCGAUUCUCGAUGCGCUCUUGCCAAGUAUCGAUCUUAAAAGCCGUUAUAAAACGCUCUAUUAGUAUUCAUUAUGCCUUGACCCUUCUCCAGAAGUAGAUAGGGGGCGCGCGAUGCGAGUUUGGCUGUUGUGUUGUGAGCGUAAAAGAAGACGUACACACACUUGAAAUGGCGGAGUCAAGCGAGAAAAUUAGAAGUGAGAGCAAGAAGUUAAAGGACGCUCCAGCAACAUUUAAAUCCAAAGUGUGGACUUACUUUGGAUUUUAUAACAGUGCUGACGGGGCAAAGCUAGAAAAGGACUACACAAUAUGCAAGAACUGCUUUGCAAAAGUCCACUACACGGGAAACACGACCAACAUGCACAGCCACCUCUCGCGGCAUCACCCGGAGCUCUGUGAGAAAGCCGUGGUUGGUGCUGGCUCAAAGCCGACACACCCCGUCGUAAACACCCUUUUCCAGGCAAAGCUACCACCUUGUUCUGCUAGGGCAAAGUCAAUCACAAAUGGGAUCGCUGUUUACAUGUGUAAAGGGCUCCGUCCGUACAGCGAGGUGGAGAACGAAGGGUUCUGCUUUUUAAUGAAUAUCUUAGAGCCACGCUUUGAUAUUCCCUCUCGGAAAUAUUUUGCUGAAAAAAUGAUUCCGGCACUUUAUGACCAGACCAGGGCUAAAGUUGAGUCGGCACUCGAGUCGGCAGAAAGAGUAGGGCUCACGUGUGACGGAUGGACAUCGAGAGCCACAGAGUCCUACAUAACGGUCACUGUACAUUUUAUAAACGAAGACUGGGAAAUUAAGUCAUAUGUCCUGCAAACCCGAGCAAUGCACGAAACGCACACUGGGACACACAUUGCCGAUGUACUGAAAGCCGCAGUGGGGGAGUGGAAUCUUGACGCUAAGAAGCCAGUGGUUGUCACCGACAACGCAUCAAACAUGCGUGUAGCAAUGGACUUGACAGGAUACCAACAUGUUAGAUGUUUUGCUCAUGUUUUAAAUCUUGCAUCCCAACGUGCGCUGAAAAUAGCUGCUGUUACCAAGGUACUUGUCAAAGUUAGGAGGAUCUCAACAUUCUUUCAUCGAAGCACAACUGGAGCAGAAGCACUGAAAAGAAACCAGGAACUCCUUGGCCUCCCCCUUCACAAGCUCAUCACGGACAUGCCUGUUCGUUGGAAUAGUGCCUAUGAGAUGAUCUCCAGGUUUCUUGAGCAACAGCCAGCUGUCUGUGCUGCCCUCUUAUCACCAGAGGUGAGAAAGAAUGUGACUGACUGUGCUCUGACAGAGAAUGACAUCUCAAGUGCUGAAGAGAUGGUGGAAGCAUUUAGACCAAUGCUUGUGGCAACAAAUAUCAUGUGUGAGGAAAAGAAUCCCACCAUUUCAGUGGUUGCUCCUCUUCAUGCCCAACUGCUGCGAGACACAACCAGCACUGAAGAAGAUUCCCCUCUGGUUCGAGAGAUUAAGGGAGCCAUCAAUCAAGACCUUUCAAAGAGAUAUCAAUCAGAGGUGGAAAAAGAUCUCCUACGCAUGUCCUCAGCCCUGGACCCUAGAUUUAAAUCCCUUUUAUUUCUGUCAUCUGAAGAAGUGCAAGACACUUAUGCAAAACUACAGUCAAAAGCUGCAGCUUUAAAAGAGGAUGAUCCAGUGCCUUGUGGUGAUGUUAAGGGGGAUUUAGAGGAAGAGGAGACCUGCACAGCAAAAAAAAGAAAGUCUGCACUUGUUGAUCUUCUUGGUCAGACCUUCAAGAAGACCUCUUAUGUCUCUACAUCAGCAACCUCAAUUGCAGAGAAGGAGAUAAAACAAUAUCAAGAUGCUCCUUCUCUGCCUCUCACUGAAGAUCCACUGUUGUGGUGGAAAUCUCAGCAACAUGUGUUCCCUCUCCUUUCCAAGCUGGCCCAUAUGCAUUUGUGUAUUCCUGGGACCAGUGUAGCAGCUGAGAGGGUCUUUUCAACUGCAGGAGAUAUUAUCAGUGCCCAAAGAAGUUCACUCACUCCUGAACAUGCUGACCAACUCCUCUUUCUCAAGAAAAAUAUGAACAUAUAAAACGCAUCACAUGAAGCUGUUUUCUAUUUUGUUCUGAAAAAUGUUUAUUUUUGAAUGCACUUUAAGUUAGGUACAUUUUAGAUGUACUUUAUCCCUGAUAUAUUUUAUUUUUUAUUUGAAAGCAGUAGCCCAAAGGUUUAUGUUUCUUGCACUUAACAGUGUCACUGUUCAUGUUUAUGAAGGACAAUCAUAUAGUAUUGUUUACACUGAAUCUGUCCUCAGCCUUACAGCUGUUUUGCACCCAAAUGGUGUCACCGUUUGUCGAAGACAUAGUAUUACUACUGAUUGCAGCAAUGUUACACUAAAAUAGUGUCUGUGACUGUUUUGUUGCAACUAAGUCACAACUUGUUUUUGUUUCAUCCAAAAAUAAAUAAAUGGAGACUCAUUUUACUAAUUAAAAAAAAAACUUCUUAUUUCUUAAAACAUGAUAUAUUGUGAGUUAUUACUGAUAAUAUAUUGAUUAUCGCCAUAUCGUGAUAUUAUCAUAUCGUGAGCAAUGUGUCGCGUAUCGUAUCGUAUCGUGAAGUACCCAGUGAUUCCCAGCCCUACUCGGUACCACCGGUACUUAAAGAAACUGGUACCGUGACAUUUACAUUUUUUAGUACCAACUUGGUACCAAAGUACCGGGGCCCGUAUUCAUAAAGAAUCUUAAGGGAAAAGUAGCUCCUAGUGACAGAAUUCUAAGAAAAUUCUUAGAAAUGUGGCCGUUUACUCUUUAAAUGAAAGAAAAAGUAAAGAAAAAAGGCCCUAAUUUUCCUUUAAGAAUGGCCUUGUGAUCAUCCACUAACUGGGCUAACAGUAAACACUGUUCCUCUGUCCAGUUUGGCUUUCUCGCCCUUCAUGGUUUUGAUUCCAUGUUUGAUACAUAAAAACAUUCAAACUGCCACUUAAAUAGGACCGCAAACACUGUAAUUGGAAAGAGUGGAAAAUGUUUAUAAUUCUAAACCAAUCAAAUACCUUAUAGGAAAUUAAAAGCAUGGUAAAUAAAAAAAGGAUUUAUAUACACGCAUAUAAUGUGUGUAAAAAAAAAAUAAAAAAUCACUCUUUUUUUUCCUUCUUGGACAACCAACCAAUCACAGUCUUCA